AUUUGAAAUAGUUUUUAAUCUUUUAGAUGUUUAUUUAUAAAUUUUUUUUUUAAAUUUAUUUAUUGUUAUUGCGAAUUUUCUUCAUUCUCUAUGGCGUUUGAUUGAAUAAUUUCUGAAUUUAAAAGGUAAAAUAUGCGAAAAUGAAUUUAAAGUUAAUAAAGUAAUUAUAUCCGGAUAUUAUAUCUCGUGCUGUAUCUGUCUGUAUUUGUUUUUGUAUCUUCUUAAUGAUAUUUUUGUUUGCAAUAAUGUCAACAGCUAAACGUGAAGACUUUGGGACACCAACCGGAGGUUUUGAUUAUUUGGAGGAAACAAAAAGCGUCGCAUUUAUUGUCUUUGGGGCAAUUUUGAUCCUAUUUGGUGGGCUUUCGGCAGCACUUGGAAUAGGGGCAGUUUGCACGCUGGCUUCCGGCUAUUAUAUCGGCUAUGGCAUCUGGUGUGGUAUCUUGAUAUGCAUUGCUGGAGUGUUCUGCGUGUUCACUGGUUACAAGAAAAACGCCUUCAUUAUAGUGACCACAUGUGUCAGCUGCACUAUGACUUGCUUCAUAGCUAUCGUCCAGAUUGGAAUCGCCAUAACCGCUGCUGACAACGAUAGCGUUGGCGUCAGACAAAAUUUGCAAACUAUAAGACUUCAAGAUGGGUAUCUCGAUUAUGAUAUAUACUAUCAGAGAAACAACCCUUACAAAUAUCUAUGUUCCGGGCCCAACACCCCCUUCACAUGGAAAACUGCCUGGGGCCCGGUAGAUGUCCUCCUAAUCCUCAGUGGCUUCGCAGUUCUCGGGAUAUCCAUGGCAGCCGCCAUUAUGUCUUGCAUAGCUGCCAAUAAGGGAAUCCGGAUUAUAAAGACACUUAACUUGCUCACAGUGGACUGUGAUCAAUUUGCAUUCGAACAUGGUCACCACAACAGCAUUGCCAGACAUUUUAACCAUUAUUACACUAUCAUGCCAACUGUUAGGGCGCCAAACAGAGUCUCGAAUGUCCAACCAAAUGUAUUCGAUGAAUUAGUGUUCAUAUACCCUGACUUUAAAUCCUAA